CCAUGGCCGAUCCCGAGGCGGACGAGCCCUCCUCCAGGCCGGGGAGUCCCAGCCCCGAGGGCCCGGGCUCUGAGGACAGAGCUCUGCUGCACCAGAGGCUGGCCGUCAGGGAGCUGCUGGACACAGAGGCCUCCUACCUGCACCGGCUCCGCCUCUGCGCCUCCGACAUCCGGAGCCGCCUCCAGCAGCUGCCGCCGGGGGACCUGAACGUCCUGUUCUCAAACAUGGAUGAGAUUGUCCAGCUGAACAGCCGAUUUCUUCACGGGCUCCAGGAGGCGGCGUCUGAGGAAGAGGAGCAAGCGCGCCUCGUCGGCCACUUGUUCCUGGACUUCCAGGAGGAGCUCGAGCGCGUCUACAAGGUGUACUGCGCCGGCUAUGAGAAGGCCCUGCUGCUGCUGCAGGAGUACCGGGAGGAGCCGGAGCUGCACCGGGAGAUCCAGCGCAUCAUCGAGGCGGUGGCGCCGCAAGCCGGCCCCUCAGGCCUCAGCUUCUUCCUGGUGAGCCCCGUGCAGAGGAUCACCAAGUACCCGCUGCUGCUGCACAAGAUCCUGGAGAACACGCGCCCCGACGCCGCCGCCCGCCCCGUCCUGCGGAGGGCCGCGGCCGCGCUCGAGGAGGUCAACGCCAACGUCAACGAGCACAAGAUGCGCCAGGAACUGGCCUCCAGGUACACCAAGGUGGAGCAGCUGAGUCUGCGGGAGCGGCUGGCGCGGAUCAACACCCACACCCUGUCCAAGAAGACCACCCGGCUGAGCCAGCUGCUGCGGCAGGGCGCGGGGCUGGCGCCCAGGACGGAGGACCCGGAGUUUGACGAGGUGGAGGAGCGGUUCCAGCGCGUGGCCCUCUGCGUGACCGAGCUGAAGGACAACAUGGCCGCCUACAUGGAUAACCUGGAGGUGCUGGUGGCCUGUGUGCAGUCAUCACUGUGCCGUUACUCUCUGUACCUCUGGUUGGGAAAGAAGCGGGAAGAAACUUCCUGCCUCCCGCUCGCUGAGUAUUCCUACGGGUUAGCCCAGUGUCUUCACUUGCAAAUGCAGCAACAGAAGUUAAAGGAUGAGUUAAGGGCUGACUGA